AUGGGACUGAGUGAAAGGAUUGGGUAUCCGGGACGCGACUGAAGAAAUUUGUGGCGAGAGAAGAGGUCUGACUUUACGAAGACAGCCAUGCCAAGAGGAGGGAAGGGGACACGGCCGCCUCAGAGGCCGUUGGGCGCAUCAGGAGGAUAUGARAGGCAUGAACCUCGCCAUCGAGAGAGUAUUCCAGUCUACAAUGAUGGGGACAUCGAGCUAUUCCUGGAUAGUUUCUGAGAGCAUGCGAGGCGUAUGGGCUGGACCGUCGCUCAGGCAAUUGAGAGAUUGAGGGGAACAGGUAGGUUCGAGGAGCCCAUUGCCAGGAUUCGUAGGGAGGCGACGACGAGGCAGGAGGUGGAGAUGAGGAUGGAGGAGUUGCGACCCUCGCCUGUGAGACCUGAUGACAGGCCGAUCCGCCUGGAGAUUGGAAAUGCGUCGGACUUCAUCCCCGCGUUUGAGUGGUUCAUGCAGGGACAGGGCAUACCGAGAGAUGAUUGGAUACAGACGCUACCACUCUGGACCAGGAAGGCGGAAAGGCCACUGGCUAUGCAGAUCAGGGACAUGGCACGAGACUGGGAGMGCUGCAGGGCACAUCUGAGAGAGGCCUUUCGACGGCCAGAGCUCCCUCAGCCCAGAGUCGAGAGGCGGCAGAGGAGUCAAAGACCGAGGGACCCUGAGCCCAGGGAGGUGAGACCGUCUCGGGGAGGACGGAAGGCCCUAGCCAGGAGAGAGGAGGAGCCGGAGCAGGAGCCAGAGGUUGAAGAGCAAGAGACAUAUCUUGAGUGUGGGUUGGGACCAGUGGAGUUCCAUCGUUUUACUGAGGGUGGAUUAAGGAGGUCACCAGCACACCCACGGGAGGAGCCGUCAGUGUCUGAAGGGCCGUUGAGAGAGUUAGAAAUGCAUCUGGAUAUCUCUCAGUGGAAAGCGUCGCCUCAGGAUGAGAAACAUGAAGAGCAAGUAGAGGAGGUGCCACGAGAGRAGGUGCCACAGGAGGGGAUACCGCGAGAGGAGGUAUCACAGGAGAAGGUGCUACGGGAAGAGGCCCAGGGUACUCAGCGAGAGAGAGGGCUGGGCGAUGAGGGGAGACGUGCGGGAAAGGAAGUGAUAGAAGUUGAAGAGGACACGCCCCCACAGGCACCAGCAAUGGGCUUGAGACUCGAGGAUACACCAGGAAGCACCCGGCAGACGAAGGAGAGAUUGCARAGAAAGGAGGCCCCCUUACCUUCGUCGGAAAAGGCUCCUUCGCCAGAAGGGACGGCAGAAAGGAAGAGAGAGAGGGCAGYCGUAAGGAGAGAAGCCUUGACCUUGAUUGAUAGGCACCUAGCAGCUUAUGCCCUGGAGCACCCAGACCUAGAGGAGCCAGCAUCUGCUGAGCCGCGCCGGGAGCCGUGCCAACUGGAGAAGGAGAUGGAAGCAGAAAUCCCGAAGAGGGCCGACCUCCGUACGAGGGAAAGGGUGCCAGCUGGAGAAACGGCUGAAGAAAAGUGGGCGAGAAGAACAAGACGGAUAAAUGAGAUAUGGCAAGAGAGGCAGAGAUUGGAGGCAGCGGGGGAGCUCCCAGAGCAGCAACAGGAGAGGCAGAGAUCAGAGGCAGCAGGAGCAACCCCGGGUAGCAUACCCGCUAGGGCCCCGGAGAUCCCUGAGAUGUGGAGGGACUUCUGGGAGCAGAGAGGAGAGGAGCUUCCAUCGCCAGUCAGAGCCGGGUUUGGAGUAGCCAGGAAGGCGGAAGAGAGGUUAGAUCGUAAAAUCAAGUUCCUGGCCAAGACCACUUUUGACCGGCACUUGUUAUUGGACGGCGAUCUGACAGGGAAGAAGAUAAAGGAAGUAAGCCAUGGAAUACGCCUGGAGGCUAUGGAGAUGGAAAUUCAGGAACUCAGGGCCUUGGUGGCCAGCCAGGCAGCUAUCAUCGAGAGCCUGAGGCAGCAAACCCAGGGAAGGGUGGACAGGCCAGAGAGCAGUAGGCAAGGAGAGCAGAGGCAGCCAGGACAGGGAUUGCCAGGGCAGCCACCUGCAGCGGAGCCUCGCCAGGAGCCACCUAUGGGGAGAGCUAUCCUGGAGCCAGAGAAGGCGAGAGCCCAGAGACAGGCAGAGAGAGAGGCGUUCGAGUUUAGAGCCCCUACUGAGCUCGCGACGCUGCCAGUGGCGGCGGCAGGCCCUGUCGUACCUUUGGCAGUAGAGGAGGGGCUGCCACCAUCUARCAGUGAGCCGGCUCAGGGCUCAGCAGAGGGAUCGAUGGGCGUGCUCCUUGAGGCGGUGCAUGAUAUGCAGGAGGAGAGGAGCGGUGGCGACGAGACGCUAGGGGACGAUCAUUCGGCUUGAGAGUGAGGAAGAAAGGGAGGUCGGCGACCGUCUGAUCAAAGAAGUGUUGGGUCUUGUCAUCUCCUAGGGUGACGGAGAUGGGAGUCGGAGACCCGGUCGUGGGUAAGCAGGUUUCUUUCACCACACGUGGGUGAAUGAAGUCGCCCUGAGAAC